AUGCCACAAUUUAUGGAAGAGGUCAAGGAGGAAAGGGCUCCAAAGAAACUAGUUCUUUGCUUUGAUGGCACUGGGAAUACAUUUAGCGGCAGCACUGCUGACACGAACGUUGUCAAAAUUUACGAUAAGCUAGACAAGAAUUCUGAGGAGCAGUACCACUAUUACCAGACUGGCAUUGGUACCUAUGACAUUGGGUCAGGUUCGAUAGACAAGGGUUUUAUAGGCGGCCUCCGGAGCAAGAUCUCGAGCAUUCUCGAUCAGGGGUUCGCAACCACCUUCGACGCGCAUGUCAUUGCUGGGUAUCGCUUCAUCAUGCGGUAUUACGACAAGGGCGACAAGAUAUACAUGUUCGGGUUUUCGCGAGGUGCCUUUACGGCUCGUUUCUUAGCGCGAAUGAUUAAUACCAUAGGCCUCCUUUCGAAGGGAAACGAGGAGAUGGUCCCCUUUGUCUACCAGCUAUAUCGAGAAUACGAGCAAGGGAAGAUCAAACUAGAUGGCGAAAUUCCGGAUGUAUCCAGUUCAGCCCCUUUAAUCGGUUCGCCCGCGGACCAACUAGCAUUUCGGCGUAAUCCAUCCGAUGCCACUGGCCCGAAUGCCAUAAAGGACGAUGCUGAGACAGAUCCUUUACUUGCCAAUGCAGCCAGUGGCUUAUGCUCUGAUGGUCAUAUCAUUAGCAGUGGAAACCACGUCAUUGAUGAAGCCCAAAUGAGCCGCAACAAGCUAAUUGCUUUCACCAACACUUUUUGCCGACGCGAAGAAGUUGCUUCCCACCCAGACCAAAAAGAUAAAGUCUAUACAGGUGUGAAGGUUUACUUCCUUGGUUUGUUUGAUUGCGUGAGUAGCGUCCAAGUCCUGGAGAGCCCAUUCGGGAAGAUGCCGCCUCCUGUCUCCGUUCUCGGAACGGCGAAUCAUGUCAGACACGCCGUAGCUCUUGAUGAACGAAGAGUCAAGUUCAAGGCUGCUCUGCUCGCCCAGGAUAUCCACCAUCGAGAUUAUAAGAAGGAUAAGGAGGAUAUUAAAGAAGUUUGGUUCCCAGGUAAUCACGGCGAUAUAGGCGGAGGCUGGCCUGCUCCAAAGCCAACAGAUGCAAAUAAGUCUCGAUCCUGGUGGGAUGCUAUCAAAGAAGCUUUCGCAGGCUCGAAGCCACGGGGCGCAUCGCAGGACAAUAGAGCAGACCCAUACCAGAUGAGCGACGUGGCACUUCAUUGGAUGAUAAACGAAGUCAAAGAAGUUGGCAAGCGGGAGCCGAAGAAUGCCCUUAAAUGGAGUAAGCGAUUGAAUGGAUUCGAACAUAACUUCGAGGACUUUAAAGAGGACCAGGCUUUCAAUGCGGGCGCCCACGACACAAUGCGGAUAUUAGGUGGUUCAAGUCUGAUGGACGUACUAUUCUGGAAUUUCCUCGAGUGGCUACCGUUCCUAGCGCGAUGGGAGAUAGGUCAGGACAGUUUCUACUACGAACGGAUAUGGCCGAACAGGGGUCGCACACGCGACAUACCGGCCGACGCCGUAUUUCAUGACUCGGUGCGCUGGCGGUUGGAGAACAUUCCGAGUUACAGGCCCCAGAACAAUCUCGGCGAUGGGACUACUGCUUGCUUGACUGACCAUGAGGUCCUGGUGCCGAAGAAGUUGAAGCCUGACGAGACGGUUAGCGAACACCAUAAUACUUUCGUGCUGAACCGUGAUCGUAAGACGCAGCUGUAUCAAUGUUGA